AUGAAAACAGCAAAAACAGACCAUUAUUUAUUCAAAAUUCUUUUAGUUGGUGAUGGUAAUGUUGGAAAGAGUUCAAUGAUUGAAAGAUUUAUUGAUGAUACAUGGAAUGAUACAUAUAUAGUAACUAGAGAUCAAACUUUUAAAGAGAAAUAUAUUUAUUUAAAUGAAAAUACAAUUAAACUUCAAAUUUGGGAUAUGGAAAGGUUAAAAAUGGUAUACCGUAGUGCACAUGGUAUUAUAAUUGUUUUCGAUUUCACUAAUCAAGAUUCAUUUAAUAACAUUAGAAGAUGGUUAUCUGAAAUUGAAAGAUAUGCACAUGAAGAGGUAAAUUUAUUAUUGGUUGGAAAUAAAAUUGAUUUAUAUGAUCAAAGAGUAAUAUCAACUGACCAAGUCAACUUAUUAAUAGAACAGUUAAAUGGCAUUUUUAAUUUUAAUUUGAAUUUUAUUGAAGUCAGUGCAAAAAAAAAUAUAAACCUUGAACAAUCUUUCAUCACAAUUACAAAUGAUAUGUUAAAUCGUUAUUUGGAGGGUUCUAAAAAUACAACCCAAAAUAAUAAUAAUAAUAAUAAUAAUAAUAAUAAUAAUAAUAAUAAUAAUAAAAAUAAUAAUAGUAAUAAUAAACCAAGAAAGAAAUCAUCAUUUUGUAUAAAUCAAUGA